AUGGACGUUGAUAGCAACUCUCCUCUAACUGCCGAGGAAGUCAAGGCAAAAGCCAAUGAACAAUACAAGGGUGGACAUUACAAUGAAGCUGUACGGUUAUAUUCGGAGGCUAUCGAACUCUCGCCCAACACCGCUACUUACUAUGCCAAUCGUGCUGCAGCAUUGACGAUGCUUGGUAAAUAUAAGGAAGCUGCUGAGGAUUGUCGCACUGCCACCAACUUGGAUCCAAGCAAUAUCAAGGCGUUUUGUCGUGCUGGCAAGUGCCAUAUGAAUCUCGGCAAUUUGGAGGAAUCCACCCGUCAAUAUGAGCUGGCUCUUCAGGUGGAUCAAUCCAAUGCACAGGCUCAGCGUGAAUACAACAAUCUAUUGGGUCUCAAGAACUACAUUGCUCAAAUGGAUAUGUACAUGCAAAACAAACAAUGGGGUCUUGCUGGUAACAGUCUUGAUCGUGCCAUCUCUAUGGUGGAUGCUGAUCGUGUACCCUUCAAGUGGGAGGUGUGGCGUGCCGAAUGUGCCCUCAAUCAGAAAAAGUGGUCUGAAGCAAGCCGUAUUGUCAACUACUUGGUGCGUUUGGAUACCCAAAACCCUGAUGUCUUGUAUCUCCGAGCACGUGUCUUUUAUGGACAAGGUGAUAAUGCAAAGACGAUGGCCCAUUGUAUGGAAGCAUUGCGUUGCGACCCUGAUUUCGCCAAAGCACGUGUUUUGCUCAAGAAGGCUCGUGCCCUUGAUUCUCACAAGGAAAAGGGUAACACUGCUUUCAAGACCAAUCAAUUGCAAGAGGCCUUUGAUUCUUACAGUGCUGCCUUGGAAAUCGAUCCCGAGAACGAUGCCUUGAAUGCAAAGCUUUACUCCAACAGAGCAGCUGUAUUGCAAAAGCUCAAGAAAUUCCAAGAAGCUUUGGAAGACUGCAACAAAGCCAUUGAAUUGGAUCCUGACUUUAACAAGGUAUAUAGCAGGAGAGCUGCCUGUUAUAUGGAAUUGGAAGAAUACGAGGAAGCUGUUCGGGAUUAUCGUCGUUUGACGGAGGUGGAUGCCAGCAAUAGAGAAUACCGUUCAUUGUUGCAAAAGGCUGAGUUGGAGCUCAAAAAGUCCCAGCGCAAGGAUUAUUACAAGAUCUUGGGAUUAACCAAGAGUGCAACCGAUUCGGAGAUCAAGAAGGCUUAUCGUAAGCUUGCAUUGCAAUACCAUCCUGAUAAGAAUGAUGGUGAUGCCAAGGCUGAGGCCAAGUUCAAGGAAGUGGGUGAAGCAUACGCUAUUCUCAGUGAUCCACAAAAGAAGUCCCGCUACGAUUCUGGUGUUGAUCUUGAUGGUGGCAUGGGCGGCAUGAAUGGCGGUGGCUUCGAUAUGGGUGGUGUCGAUGUCAAUGAUAUCUUUAUGCAAAUGUUUGGAGGUGGCAUGGGAGGUGGCAUGGGCGGUAUGGGAGGCGGUGCACGCUUCUCUUCUGCUGGUGGCUUCCCUGGUGGCGGUGCUGGUUUCUCUGCAGGUGGUUUCCCAGGUGCUAGCUUUGGUGGUGCCGGUGGUUUCCCUGGAGGCGGUCGACGUGGUGGUGGUGGAUACUAUUCACACUUUGGUUAA